AUGUCAUCUAAAGCCGAGAUCCAAAGACAGCUAGCUCUUCUUAGACGUCAAAUAGAGGAGGUGGAAAAGGAGAUAAAUAUUUCCGCGCCAUAUAAGGAGCACGUGAAGCAGCAGAUGGCGAUGCAUCAUACGACCAUGACCGACUCUGACGACGAAGCCGUAAGCAAGUUGGCCAUGAAGAACUAUGAGUUCUAUUGCGGAAUUCUGGAGAAGGUCCUCAAGAAGGAACAAGAGCGGGGAGAAAGAAGGCGCGAGAUGAGGAACGCAGAGAGAACGCUUUCUAUAAGCUUACAAUCAGCACAAUAG